ACCAUCUCGCUUUCUGAGCUCCUUGCGCAUCGCCUUCUUCGACCAUGCCAGGCCACAUGGUUGCCAGAGAGGAGUCCAACGGACCAGUGGUAAAGCGCCAAAAGCGCGAGGUUAAUAACACCAACGGCGCUGCGCCCGUGGUCCAUCGGUCAAGGAUCUUCGCGCCGUUUAGAACUGUAGGACUCGUGUCGCCGACUGACGUCCCGUUCACUUCGCUGCCACUGGGGAAGACUACGUUUCAGAUCACCACUUCUGUCGGCCGAUCUCUCCAAACGUAUGAUUUGAAGCGUGGAUUGAACCUCGUCUUCAUUACCCGACCGCAAACUCCAGAAGAUAUCACAGCGACGCUAGCAUGGAAGAAGGUCGUCAUCACGGCCUGGGGUGGAGUGGGUGCAGACGCCCGGCGAGGGGUAUGGCUCUUUCAGCGCGGCAAGAAGGUCGCCGAGCUGGAGCUCCCUCGCGGGUUGAGGGAAAACAUCACGCACCUUGUAGCUUUUGGAGAAUGGAUUGUGGGGUCAUGUGCCACCGGUAUCCAGGUGUGGAAGUCGUCAAAUCUCGAGCAUUACACUACCCUCGUUGGCGUUUCCGCCAGCCCCAUCUCCGGGGGCAUCUGCACCAUGCCGACCUACCUGAACAAGAUCUUCGUCGGUAGGCAAGAUGGAUCAGUGGAAAUCUGGAAUAUCAGCACCGCCAAACUGCUGUAUACCUUUCUUCCACCAGCUGCAAGCUUUGGGGCAGUAACCGCGAUCCAACCCACACCUGCACUGUCUCUGCUGGCCAUUGCGUACCAGUCGGGCCCAGUCGUCAUCCACGACAUCCGUCUGGACAAGGAGCUGCUACGACUGAAUAUUGGCGCUUCCGGGAAGGUGCCAAUCACUUCGAUCUCAUUCAGAACCGACGGAAUGGGAGCCGGCGAAGAUGGUCGUGAAGAUGGAGUCAUGGCCACUGCUAGCCAAAAUAAUGGAGACAUCACGUUUUGGGAUCUGAAUAACGGUGGACGCAAGAUGGCAGUUCUCACUGGAGCACACAACCCUCCGCCAUCGAGCGGUGGUGGCAUCGGCGGAGGCAUCAGCAAGAUUGAAUUCUUGCCCGGGCAAUCUGUAAUUGUUUCCAGCGGUCUCGACAACUCUCUCAAGACUUGGAUCUUUGACGAGACGCCAUUCUCCCCCCUGCCGAGGAUGUUGCACGCGCGAGGUGGACAUGCCGCUGAAGUCUCCAGGAUUCGCUUCCUCCCGGCGAACUCUGAUGGUACCGAUGAUACCGGAAAAUGGCUGCUCAGUGCCAGUCACGACCGCAGCCUGUGGGGAUGGAGCCUUCGAAGAGACGGGCAAAGUACCGAGCUGAGCCAGGGCUCCAUUGAAAGGAAAGCCAAGAAGAUGGGCCUCCUCCAUGGAGGCACCACGAACCCACGGCUGCAGUCCGCCUUGGAGGGUUUGAAGGCUCCGCCCAUCACUUGCAUGGCCUGCUCAUUGAACCGCGAUGGUGGCAUGGGCACCAUGCCGGGGGUCAAGGGCAUCUGGAAUAAUCCUACCACAGUCAAGAAGGGCAAGAAGAAGGUGACCCCCGAGGUCAACAUGACUGGAUGGGAAAGUAUCGUGACGGGCCACGCAGGCGAUCAUGUAGCAAGAACAUGGUUCUGGGGCAGGAAGCGAGCCGGAAGGUGGACAUUGGCGACGGGUGACAACACCGAAGUCACAAGCGUUGCUGUCUCGCCUUGCGGUACCUUUGCCGUCAUAGGCUCGGCUGGAGGGUCCAUUGACAUGUACAAUUUGCAGUCGGGGCAACAUCGACGCAGAUUUCCAGUACCCUUGAAGCCAGCCGAAGCCAACAAGCUCAAGCUUCUACAGUUGCAAGAGACAGCCGCCCUAGCCACCGAUUCCCCGGCAGUGCCCAAGUUCAGAAAGGGCCAGGGGAGACACAAGGGCGCUGUUACUGGCAUCACGAUUGACAGCUUGAAUCGGAUCAUGGUCAGCUGUGGAGAAGAUGGCAAGGUCAAGUUUUGGGACUUCAACUCUGGCAUUCUGCUUCACGAGAUUGACUGGUAUCCCAUGAGCAAGCCUCUAGGCCUCCGCUAUCAUCGUGCCAGCGACCUGGUGGCUCUCAAUUGCGACGAUGGGUCAGUACGCGUCAUUGACAUUGAGACGAAGAAGCUCGUUCGAGAACUGUGGGCAUCAUCCUCGGAGGUGCAGCUAAAGAUUGUCGACUUUGCAUUCUCCAACGACGGAAGAUGGAUCAUCAGCGCCAGCUCCGACUCGGUUGUCAGGGUGUGGGACCUCCCGACUGGCCAUCUUAUUGACGGGAUGAGGCUGCCCAAGCCAUGUACCACGCUUGCCUUGUCGCCCACUGGCGAGUACCUAGCGACGGCACAGAAGGGUGAGGUGGGCGUUCACAUAUGGACGAAUCGCACGCUCUUCACGCAUGUCUCAACCCGUCACAUUUCCGAAGAUGAAAUCGCGGUGAUCAGUGCUCCGACUGCUUCUGGCGAAGGCGGGGAAGGGCUUGUCGAAGCGGCCCAAGAGGAGGAAGCCGAGGAGGAGCCAGAGGAGACGACUGUGCCCAUCAUGGAUCAAUUGGCCGAAGGUAUCACCACGCUCAGCCUGGUGCCCAGGUCACAAUGGCAGACGCUAUUGCAUCUGGACGUUAUUCGCGCUCACAACAAGCCCAAGGAAGCACCCAAAGCCCCGGAAAAAGCUCCCUUCUUCCUCCCGUCCGUGGGUCAGAAUCAGCAGGACUCGGCAGCAUCGAAUGGACUUGGGCUUGAGGAACCCAAGUCCCGAGUCUUGAGCGCUGCCAUGGUGUCGAGGUCAUCGGCAUCCGCAUCGACGAACGAGUUCACGCGUCUGCUUGCCCAGGCCGCUGAGAGGCAAGAGUAUGCGCCAGUCCUGGCGUAUCUGGCGACGUUGACUCCGUCCGCUGCCGAUCUUGCAAUACGCACGCUCGAUGUGAUGCCUCCGUACACUGAGCUCUUCACCUUCUUACGAGCGCUCACGUCGCGUCUGGAGGAGAGGAAGGAUUAUGAGCUUGUGCAGGCUUGGAUGAGUGUGUUCUUGCGGCUGCAUGGAGACACCAUUGCAAGGGAGGAGGGGCUGAUUGAUGAGCUGCGCAGGUGGCAAGAGGAAGCUAAGAAGGAGAAGGAGAGGUUGAGCAGUCUGGUCGGAUACAGUGUUGGAGUUGUCGGGUGGGUGAGAAGCGCGCGAUGAUGACGAGGCCUGCGUUUAUUGUGAGUGCCUUUCAGCGCGGCAUAUGAUCAACGGGUUUUCGGAGAAUAGAUGGAUCUUUCUUGGUUGUCGAUGUUCCAAUAUAGUCGGGCCCGUUCCAGUGGUCACGAUAUGUCACUCCAUGACCUCACACCAUUUUUCUUUCCAUGGAGCGAAGGCAGACCAGCGUAGGGCGGAUCAGCUGCAGGUGGAGGAUUCAGCCUGGGGCCCAUACAAGAAAUAUUGGCAACCCGACGGAUCAGUCAGUCCCGGACUUUUCUCCGUCUGUACGGCCUUAGGGGCAGCGUGUCUGGUCCAGCCAUUCGUCACCUAUGCUGCAC